CUCUUGCAGCAUCCGUCCACAAGAAAGCCGACCAUGUCUCCAGCGCAUAAGUUCGCUCUGUCGACCUUGUUUUUAACAUGUGCGGUGUCGAAAGUUCAUUCUGCCAUCUGGAGUUACGUGCUCAGCAACCCGUUGCCCAUCAACCCGGAUGAAGAACGCCUGAACAUCACGAACAACAGGGUCCUGAUACGAUGUUCCUCAGACGACCACUGUGGACAAGUUAUGUUUUGCGACACUCAUUACGGUUACUGCGACACCCAACGGCGGGAAUCAGAGCAGUGCAGGGAAGACAGACACUGCAUGGAUCGCCUAGUUUGCAUGUUCGGCAAGUGCCAGAGGAGUCCGCCACCUGGGCAUCAAGGUGCACGUUGCGAGAGCUCGUCCGACUGCAGACGUGGAAUGUGCUGUGCACGGUCUCACGGUGAACGCAUCUGCAAGCCUAACUUGCCACUGGGUCAUAAGUGCUACGUGCCGCCCGGGGGACUGGAUUACAUCCUCAAUGAACAGUGCCCAUGCAACGACAAACUUGUUUGCAAGAACGUCGGAAGCCAUAAAAAGCGAGAGGAGGAGUUUGGACUUUGGAACAAUUACGAGCAUAUGAGAUGUGCCACUCCAGACGACUAAAUAUGUAUUUCUACAUCCUAUUUAAAUUGUACAUACGCAAUUAUUUUAUCUAUUUGUAAAUAUUGUACAUAUAAUGCUGUACAUAUUGUAAAUAAGAAGAUCGAGCCUGUAUAUAAAAUAAAUAUUGAAGUGGUACACCGA